AACCUAACAAAACAGAGAGCAAUGAAGAAAAUUGUGUUAAAGCUGGAUUUGCAUGAUGAUAAGGCAAAACAAAAGGCCCUCAAAACUGUUUCUACUCUCCCAGGAAUCGAUUCCAUUGCAAUGGACAUGAAGGAGAAGAAAUUAACGGUGAUCGGAACUGUCGAUCCGGUAAAUGUAGUAAGUAAGCUAAGAAAGUAUUGGCCGAUGACGGAUAUCAUACUAGUGGGACCUGCUAAAGAACCGGAAAAGGAGAAGAAGGAGGAGCCGAAGAAGGAAGGUGGUGGUGAGCCGCCGAAGAAAGAAGGAGAAGCUCCAAAAGAAGAAGGGAAAAAGGAAGGAGAAGCGCCGAAGAAGGAAGAAGAGAAGAAAGAAGGUGGCGAUAAGAAGGAAGGAGAGAAGAAAGAUCAACCACAACCGCAGCCGCAACCAGUUGUACCGCCACCGGAUCAUGUGUUGGAACUUGUAAAGGCGUAUAAAGCAUAUAAUCCUCACCUAACAACGUAUUACUACGCCCAAAGCAUCGAAGAAAACCCUAAUGCUUGCGUUAUAUGUUGAAAAAUCUAUAACAUAAUAUAUUUUGGUGAAAAGAUGGGCCGAUCUAUAGUGAGGAUGAAGAAUAAGAAACACAGGAUGUAUCU